UUCUUUGGACGAUGGGAGAAGGGAUGGGUGGCAGGGAGGGAGGAUUGGCGCGUGUGGGGGAGCUAGGGUGUAAACAUCGAUACAAAACGAAACCAAGCGACGUCCGUUACUGGUGCCGGUGGUCGAUAACUUGUGGUAGAUUUCAUGUUCUUGUCAAACGUGAGAGUUUUGUAUCUCUAUAUCGCUCACCACUUCGGUUCGAUCCAAAAAGAGAAACAAAAAACAAUAUCAAGUAAAAGUAUUUAAUUUCCGCUUUUUUAUUAUUUCCCUUUUUAGGCUAGAGAUGAAAAUAUAGAAACUAGAGCCACAAGCAAGUUUAGACUGAUUGAAAUAAAAAGGAAAAAUAUGGACUAUGAUCAUUAUUUAGUGGUUCAAUGACUUUUUCUUUUAUUCAAAAGAUUAAAAUUUUAUCAUUCUAAAUGCCCGAUAUCAAGGUAUCAAAUAACUGAUCAGACAAUUGUGUGCAAGCAGUGCUGCUGCAUAAUUGUGGAGGCCUUGGAGAGUUGAGUACCUUGUCUCCGCCGUGCGCUGGGAGUAACUCGAUAUAUACAGCGUUACAGUUGACCAUCAAGAGGAGAUAAUGAUUUGUCUGCGUAUUUAUCGAUAAGUGAACCUAACUGAUGUUUGAUGUUAUCAUGACAAGAUCACCUCUACGACAAGGAUGACUGGAUCGAUUCCAAACAAUCUGGAGCUUGUGAUAGAACUAAAAGUAUGAAGAUAAAGAGGUGAGAACAAGAAGGGAUGGCGUUUUGCCACAGAUCUCAAAUGUUUGACCAGUCUCUGGGAAGCGGUCAGUCCAAACGUUGCCCUAAGUUGUCACGGUACAAGUUAUUAAGCCUAGCCUUGACCAUCUUAGCUUUCUGCGUCUUGACCCUGGUGAGCGUCAGCGGUCCUCAAACUAUAAAGACAAUCACGAGAAUUAGUGUGUUUGUGAACAUAGAGGGUGCUGCGUUAAAGGGAGUGAACACCAAUGCAGACAAAAGAGUGACGACAUCACAAGCUAACCACGAUCUUCAGCACGGUGACCAGUUAGGGUCAUCUCAAGAGGAUGACCUCCAGAAGAAUUUACCAUCGGUCAUCGUAAUCGGGGCAAGGAAGGCUGGGACAGGGGCGUUGCUUCGUUUCAUCAACCUUCACCCCUGGGUCGUCACAUCUAGGUCAGAGCCACACUACUUUGACAGGUCCUACUGGCAAGGCUUGGACUGGUACAGAAGUAGGAUGCCACCUUCUCUCCCACAUCAGGUUACUAUGGAGAAGACGCCUAACUAUUUCGUAGACAGGAGUGUCCCAGAGCGCGUGCACAAUUUUAAUUCGUCCAUUAAACUUAUUUUAAUUGUGCGCAACCCCAUUGACAGGGCGGUGUCAGACUACGUCCAGCUUAAGGUAGACCUCGAGUCUGUCGUAUGUAUGUAUGUCAUUUACAAAUUUUACAAGCACAAUACAUCAGGGACCUACGGCAGCUUUGAAGAGAGAGCUCUGGAUAAAUGUACAGGCAGAAUCAUUAAGUCCUAUGACCCGAUCAAACGUUCACUGUACUCACGUCAUCUGGAUAGAUGGUUGACCUACUUUAACAAGUCCCAAAUUUUAAUACUUAAUGGAGAGAAUCUCAAAGUUAAACCUUGGGAAGAAAUGCUUAAAGUUGAACGUUUUCUGCAGCUUCCACCAAAGAUUGUGAGAAAUCACUUCGUCUACAACGAAACAAAAGGUUUCUAUUGUGUUCAAACGAGCAAUGCCGUCACGACGACCACCACAGCUGCAUUUCAAGAGGCAAAGAGAUGGCCAGAGAGUUGCCUGGGAGACACAAAAGGAAGGGAGCAUCCAAAGCUGAGGCCGGAGGCCAGGAAAGCUCUUCAAGAGUUCUUCGCUCCCUUUAACGAACGAUUUUUCAAAAAAAUUGGAGAACGAUUUGAUUGGAACAGAUAGUUUUAUAUUUCACUUGAUAGAUAGAGAUUUCAAAUGUUUAUUCGAGUACUUUUUUUUCACCUCAAACAUAACAAGAGAUAGAGGAUCAAUAAAAGAAAUAAAAACCCGUUUAAGCUUGGCAUCUGCUGCUAUGACCAAACUUUUGAAAAUCUAAGAGUAAAAUCAGCUUCCCAGUAAAAUUAAUACUGUAUUUUUCGCUAGUGGUCUCUGUGCUCCUAUUUGGUGGUGAAAGCUGGACACUGAACGCUGAGGCUGAAAGAAUUCAAGCUUUUGAGAGUAAAUGAUAUAGAAAACUGCUGGGUAUCAGAUACCAGGAAAAGAAGAAAAAUGAGUUUGUACUUUUAUAAGUCAACACUCUGGCUGGCGAAAAGGAGGAACACCUCAAUACUGUGAAGAAAAGAAAGCUGAGCUGAAUUUGGUCAUAUUCUAAGACAUGACUAUCAAAAGUCAUUCUUCAAGGUGGAGAGAGCACGAAGAAUGGGUCAUCCAAAGAAAAGCUGGCUGGACAACAUACAAGAAUGCUGCUAUCCUACUAAGAACAGCUGCUGACCGGGUAAAGUGGAGAGACUUGGUGACACGAACUGUCACAGUACACCCACGACGAAAGUCAAGGGACAGAUGAUGAUGACUUUUUUUUUCAGAGAAAUAAAAACUGAAGGCUCAGCGAGUA